GGAAAAUGUACUGGUCAACUUAGACAAAGUAUAAGUCUUUCUACAUUUCCUUUUCACCUGCAAUACUGGGAAGGAUCCAUGAAAUAUACUUCGUAUUUUCCGCUUCUUUUUUAAUAAAUUAACUUUGCGUGCCAGUUUGUAAGUCAAUCAUUGUUGUUUUCUAUCAAAAUAUUGCUUGGGAUUGUUGAUAGUUUGAAAGACCUUCCUAUAUUUUAGUGUCUAUAUAAAAAAUAUAAAUAAAUUGGAAUAUAUGUUUGAUUAGGAGGAAAUGGCUGAAAAGUUUGUUGUACUUGACUUGACCUUGCUCUAGCUUAGUUUCCUUCCAAUUUCUACAUCUUCUCUCGAUAGAUCGAUCUAUUAAUUAGUUGAACAAGGAGAAAACAAAAGCAAGUCUAAUCUACGCGAUUAGCGUGAGACAUCGGUAGUUGUUAAUUUCAUCACAAUUCAUCCGCAAUGCAUCUAGAGGCGGAGACUUGGACAGCGUUGGUUGUGAUAUUGUGUUUCCUUGGUUUGAUUCUGAAGGAGUCAAUUAUGGGAGGUAAGAGUUCAAGAGAAUCUGGCGGUGAUAGGAGGCAUGUGCCAUCGUACGGUUCUGGUGGUGCUUCAUCUUCAUCUUGGGACAAUUAUGGAUACUCGCAACCGCCACCGUAUGCAUAUCAACCGUCAAUUCAACACCGGCCACCCGCCGCUCCGUAUUACGACUAUCAACAGCCGAAAAGGAGGUUGGAUAGGAGAUAUUCCAAGAUUGCUGAUAAUUACCGUUCACUCGACGAGGUUACUGCUGCUCUUUCACAAGCUGGCCUAGAAUCUUCUAAUCUCAUUGUCGGCAUUGAUUUCACAAAAAGCAAUGAGUGGACAGGAAAGAGAUCAUUCAACCGAAAAAGUUUACAUCACCUCGGAAAUGGCCAUAAUCCUUAUGAACAGGCGAUCUCCAUUAUUGGGACAACUCUAUCUGCCUUUGACGAGGAUAACUUGAUUCCAUGUUUUGGAUUCGGAGAUGCAUCAACACAUGAUCAAGAUGUCUUCAGUUUCUACCCAGAUGAUAGAUUCUGCAAUGGAUUUGAGGAAGUUUUGUCAAAAUACAGAGAAAUUGUUCCUCGUCUCAAACUAGCAGGACCCACUUCUUUUGCACCUAUUAUUGAGAUGGCAAUGACUAUUGUUGAGCAAAGUGGUGGCCAAUAUCAUGUCUUGCUAAUAAUUGCUGAUGGACAGGUGACCAGAAGCGUUGACACAGAGCGUGGCCAGUUAAGUCCACAGGAACAGAAGACAAUUGAUGCAAUUGUAAAAGCCAGUGAGUAUCCACUGUCAAUAGUUUUGGUGGGAGUUGGAGAUGGACCAUGGGAUAUGAUGAGGGAAUUUGAUGAUAACAUCCCUACUAGAUCAUUCGACAAUUUUCAGUUUGUGAAUUUUACUGAAAUAAUGUCAAAGAAUGUAGAUUCAGAAAGGAAAGAGACAGAGUUUGCUCUAUCAGCUCUGAUGGAGAUACCUUCUCAAUAUAAGGCAACCAUAGACCAUGGCAUAUUGGGUGCUCGGAGGGGAUAUUCACCGGACAGGGUUGCUUUACCUCCACCUCAAUAUGACAGGGCUUCCAGCAGCAACAACAUAUCUUUUCGCAGUAAUAGUUUUCAGCAGAGUACUCCUUCGCAUACUGGCUAUGAUAAUGCAGUUAGUACCAGUGCAGAAUCAUCACCGGGUGGCUUAUAUGAUCAUAAGCUUUGUCCAAUUUGUCUUACUAAUGGGAAGGAUAUGGCCUUUGGUUGUGGGCAUCAGGAGCACAAUCGAUACUAGAAUAAAGCUUUACUAGUUAACUUGGCUCAAACCCUUGUUUCUGUGGCACAUGCAUACAUUGCUAGAACAAGGUUAGCUCAUAUAUCAUUCAUAAACUUAGCUUUCUAUUGAUGGCAUUGAAUAAGUCAAAAAAAGUUAACUAACGUGGCAGAGUAUAUGCAGGGGACCUUGAUGGAUAUGUAGUUAGCCUUGUACACAAAACUACGUUCACGAUUUCGAACUAAUGUUCCAACUUAAUCAUACUUGUUUAUAGAGAGAGUGGGUUGCCGCCUUGUAUAUAUGAAGUUUGAUUUGUGUGUCGUGAGAAAAAGACUUGGUUCAUCUAGAUUUAUUUUGACGUAUGUAUAAUAGUGUUUGUUUUAGCUUUCUUUUCUUGUUUGUGAUUUUGGUUGAUGUAGCCCGUAGAGAAUCAGAAACUAAAUCUGUAUUAUUUGAUUUAAUUUUAUUUGAUUAGUUGCAUUUCAUGAAUUUUUAGCAUGAUAUAUCCACCUCAGACUACAUUCUCAACCUAAUAAAAAAAAGGGUAUAUAUAUUUGCACUUUAAUAACCAUGAAAGACAACGGCCACAUGAAUAAGUAUACUCCUGUACUCGAUGAUUGUGAAUAAAGAAGUUAAUUUAAAGCAUAAGCCCCUGUAGGAAACAAAAUAAAAAUAAA